UGUAUGGAAACAGGGUGGGCAGAGCGUUGCUAAGGCAGUCUUUACAGUGAAGUAUAAAGGGAAUAUUAUGGUGCCCUAGCGGCUGUUUAUGUUUACGCUUAGCAUAGACGUGGGGAGGGGAAAACAGGAACAAUUACGUUUAACGACAUAAUAUUUCUUUUUUCUACUUUUAUAUAAAAAACGAUUUUCACACCUCACUAGCUACAUCAGGUUUUCUUCACUAAUGUGCCACUCUCACAAAUGGAAAAGGGUUUUCAGUUUGGAAACGUGAGCAUUUCGCUUGUGCUCUUGUUGUUGCUGAGAGCGCUAACUGGGACUUCUCAAACUCAGGGCUCUGCCGGGAGAGAGCCAACAACCGCCACCGCCCUGGGGUCAGAGACGGCCGAAGAUGGUCCUAGUGUUAUGGAGCGGGGCUUGGAAAGUGUUGGCGCUCCAGUUGCCGGAGAUGUAACUGUUGAAGACGACGAGAAUGGGGCGGCCGGAGACGGCGACGAGUCAUCCGCACAAAGUGACUGCGAUCAUAGCUCGAAAAGGUCUCUGGUGAUCAUCAGCACACUGGACGGUCGUAUCUCUGCGCUGGACCCCAACAAUCACGGCCGCAAGCAGUGGGACCUGGACCUGGGGUCCGGCUGCCUGGUGUCCUCCAGCCUAAGCAAGCCCGAGGUUUUUGGGAAUAAGAUGAUCAUCCCGUCUCUGGACGGGGCUCUGUUCCAGUGGGACAGGGACCGGGAGAGCAUGGAGACCGUCCCGUUCAGUGUGGAGUCGCUGCUGGAGUCAUCGUACCGCGUCCGGGAGGAUACCGUCCUGGUGGGGGGCAAGUCCCUCACCACCUACGGCCUGGGGGCCUACAGUGGGAAGCUGCGCUACAUCUGCUCGGCGGUGGGCUGUAGCCGCUGGGAGGAGGACGAGCCGGAGCCAGAGGACGUGUUGCUGCUGCAGAGGACCCAGAAGACCGUGCGAGCCGUCCGACCCCGCAGCGGGAGCGAGAAGUGGAACUUCAGUGUGGGCCACUUUGAGCUGAAGUUUGUGCCGGAGACGCAGCCGGGGCUCAACUUCCUGGACGGGGAGCGUGCGAGCGGCGAGGGGGGCCGGAGAGAGGGGCGGAGAGAGGGCCAUCGGGUCAUCCGCGAGGAGGAGGAGCCUCGGGCCGAGACCUGCGACCUGGUCAUCAAGGUGUCUGUCCCCGACUGGAAGGUCCUGGCCUUCAGCAACAAGGCGGGCGGACAGCUGGUGUGGGAGCAUCAGUUCUGCACUCCCAUCGCCUCUGCCUGGCUGGUCCAGGGGGGGAAGGUGACCCCCAUCAGCCUGUUUGAUGACACCUCCUACACCACGCACCCCAAGUCAAGCAGCGAGGACGAGGAGGAGAUUGUGGAGGAGGCGCGGGGAGCGACGGAGUCCAGCGUGUACCUGGGAAUGUACCGGGGACAGCUCUAUCUCCAGUCUUCCGUUAGGAUCUCGGCAAAGUUUCCCUCCAAGUCUAAAGCGCUGAACAGCCGUGGCUCCGACACCGACAUCAUCUCCCUGCCCACCGUCAAAUGGAAACCUCUCAUCCACUCUCCCUCCCGCACUCCUGUCCUGGUUGGCUCUGAGGAGUUUGACAAAUGUCUGAACAACGACAAGUUCUCCCACGAGGAGUACAGUAACGGAGCACUGUCCGUACUGCAGUACCCCUAUGAUAACGGGUACUACUUCCCGUACAGUAAGCACUACCGGGGCAGGCGGGGCGCGGCGGUCAGCCUGUUGCCGGGCGACGGCGCGGGGCGGGAGCUGCACAGGAAGGACCCGGUUCUGCUGCUCUCCUGGUGGAAGGAGAUCCUCAGCACCAUCGUCUUCUGCAUCGCCGCCACCACCUACAUCGUGCGCAAGUUCUUCCACCCUCCAGGCACACACAUACGGCAACGGAAGGAGUCAGAGACCCAGUGCCAGACAGACAGCAAGCUGGAGCUCCUGCCCGACGACCCCAAGGAGGUGCUCGUCACGGAGACGCAGCGGAGCAACGAAUACGUGUCCAGGUACCUGACGGACUUUGAACCUGUGCAGUGCCUGGGGCGUGGCGGCUUUGGCGUGGUGUUUGAGGCACGGAACAAAGUGGACGACUGCAACUACGCCAUCAAGAGGAUCCGCCUGCCCAACAGGGAACUGGCCAGGGAGAAGGUGAUGCGAGAGGUGAAGGCUCUGGCCAAGCUAGAGCACCCGGGGAUCAUCCGCUACUUUAACGCCUGGCAGGAGACCCCGCCCGAGGGCUGGCAGGAGGAGAUGGACCAGCGCUGGCUCAAAGACAGCAGCACCACAGACUGGCCCCUGAGCUCUCCCGACCACAUGGAGGCGCUGUCAGUCAAAGUGCCCGUCUCCAAGCUAACACCCACAAGCUCCUCCUCCCUGGCGGGCGUGGCUGUGCUGGGCGGAGCCUCCACAGAGCCCUCCUUCGCCCCUACGCUAUCGCUAUCCCAUUCCGAGGUCUCCUCCACAGGGAGGGGAAAGGGCUGCGUUCUGGAGCCCCCUGGUGGUCCGACACCGCCACUACAGCUGGACAGCUUCCUGUCUGACCCGGACAGCCAAGCGGAGCUGGAGGCCUCCGAUUCGCCGCACUCCUUCGAGCUGUACCCUCCGCGGGGCCCCGGAGACUCCUCCUCCUUCGACAUCGUGUUCGAGGACUCGGGCUGCGAAGCCGCCUCCUCCCCUCCCCAGGCCGCCUCCCCCUGCACGCUGACGGGCGGCCGCACAAGCUCCGCCUCCCGCACCCAGACCCACGACCCCGGCCCCACCCCCUUUCCUGGCCCCGCCCCCUCCCCGUCCCCGCCCCGCCCCACCUCCCUCAGCCUGGCGGCCUGCCCCUCCCCCUGCCCCGCCCUGCCGCCCUGGCCCCGCGCCCUGGCCUCGCCCAAGGUGUACCUGUACAUCCAGAUGCAGCUCUGCCGCAAGGAGAACCUGAAGGACUGGAUGACCCAACGCAGCCUGCCCGAGCAGAGACAGCACAGCGAGUGCCUGGGCAUCUUCCUGCAGAUCGCCGACGCCGUGCACUUCCUGCACAGCAAGGGCCUCAUGCACCGAGACCUGAAGCCGUCAAACAUCUUCUUCACGCUGGACGACGUGGUGAAGGUGGGGGACUUUGGCCUGGUGACGGCCAUGGACCAGGAGGAGGAAGAGGAGGAGUCUCAUGCGCUCACGCCCAUGCCUGCCUUUGCCAGGCACACGGGCCAAGUGGGCACCAAGCUCUACAUGAGCCCCGAGCAGCUGUCGGGGAACUCGUACUCCCACAAGGUGGAUAUCUACUCGCUGGGUCUGAUCCUGUUUGAGCUGCUCUACCCCUUCCGCACACAGAUGGAGAGAGUUCGGACUCUGACGGAGGUGAAAAACCUGCAGUUCCCCCCAGUCUUCGCCCAGAAAAACGUACAGGAGGUUGUCAUGGUGAGCAGCAUGCUCUCGCGCAGCCCCAGCGAGCGGCCCGAGGCGCAGGAGAUCACGGAGACGCCGCUGUUCCAGGAGCUGGAGGUGCCCUGCCGCUUCACGCUCCGCCAGCGCUCCCGCACCUACAGCUCCUCGUCCACUGGACGGCCCGGCCGCCAGUCCAGCCAAUCCAGCUCCUGAGACCGCCCCCGCCAGUCCAGCCAAUCCAGCUCCUGAGACCGCCCCCGCCAGUCCAGCCAAUCCAGCUCCUGAGACCGCCCCCGCUAGUCCAGCCAAUCCAGCUCCUGAGACCACCCCCGCCAGUCCAGCCAAUCCAGCUCCUGAGACCGCCCCCGCCAAUCCAGCCAAUCCAGCUCCUCAGACCAACCCCGCGACCCCUGACCCCUGCCAGUCCAGCCAAUCCAGCUCCUCAGACCACCCCCAUGACCCUCAUGACCCCUGUACCACCAGCCAGCCCUUCACACCACCCCCCUCUGCCCAGUGGCUGUCAAUCACAUGGGGAUGUGGCCAGAGAGAUGUCAGUCAGCCGUGAACAGGAGUGGCACAUCAUGUCCCCACCUCCAAUGCCCCUCCCAUCUCCCAACCAAUCACGUUGUUUCCUAACCAUGUGUAUAACUUUUACCACAAAAGGGUGUACCAAGUCCACACACUCACACAUGCACAUUCGCGCACUUACACACAUUCAAACACACACACACACACACACACACACACACACACACUCAUCUACAAACACACACACACACACCCACCAGUAUUCACCCCCACUCCCUCACAAUGUCACAGCAUUUGAAACCAGAUCUCAGACGGGACCUGAUGAGCCCCUGCUUGAGGCCAUGGGAGACCCAAAACAACCCAAUGGUGUGCUCAAACCAACGGCCUCUCCGACCGUGAACUGACCAAGUCCACCGCUGGCUUUUAGGAAGAGACCCAAGGGCAUGUAUUGGUUCCUAAAAGCCAAGAGUGGGACACCUUUUUUUUUUUUUUUUUUCUUUUUUUUUUUAUACGGCUUUCUUACGUUUGACAUUUCAGUCGACGAUUAUUUCUAUGCUGUAAAACGUUUCUUACUCUCCUUUUCCCCCCUCUGAUCAUGUAAAUAAUUUAAGACUGCUUACUUUUUUGUAUCUUGAAUUGAAGGGCAAGCUUUAUCAAUCCUGUACAUAGUUUCUUUGUCUGUUUAGAUGCCCCAGGUAUCACGUUUCGGACGAUUGUAGGUGCGAGCGCCACUUCACCGGUACCCGUGGCAAUAUCACAGUGAGAGAAUGUUUCCGAAGCAAAGGGAAAUUAAUUAUGAUUUUUGUACAGACUACAGAGCUGCAUGGAUUUCAGGCUGAAAACUUGUCGAAGGAAUGCUGGGGGUUCUACGCUGCAACGUUAAGGUGCUUCAGACCUUCGAGUAGGCUUUGUGCAUUUUGAUGUUUUAAAAUGCAACUUGCUUUUUGAUAUGCUAUUAAUCGAACAUGUAGUAGCUUAAACAUUUUGGCGAAGAGGAAACGAUGAUCUGGUUAGGCAUCAGCUGCUGGCUAAUUAGCUAUAACGGUUAUAGUUUUCAUUUCUGAAACAUGUUGGGUCCUUGGGUUAGUGUUCAUAUGUAAAUUAAGCAUCGUCACUGUCUUAUUAAAUCAGGUGGAAGACAGACAGGUCCAAUCAAAUCUACCAAGUGUACUUCUAACCCGAAAAAAAAGCUUUAUUUCGAUUCCCACUUAGCACUACGACAUUAAUUUUCUCAUGCUUUUCAAGGAGUAUUUAUUCAGUGAGAGUUCUGUGUGGUGGGAGUUGAAACCCCGUAACGUUGAUAUCUGUGGUGAUUUAAGAGAAAAUGACAUCAUGAUGCGCCCCCACCCACUGCCCUCUGAAAAUUUGGGGGCCAUCUUGUGCACCUUAUGGGAAAACCAAUAGGACACCUUGGAUUGCCUCAACCCCUCAGGUAUGCCAGAAAGGUGGUCUUCAUAUGCACGUUCCCUUCUGAAGGUAGUUUACACCAGGACUGCUCAAGCAGGGGCCAAGUGCAGUGAAGGUAUAACUAUAACCAUACCCAUAACUAUAAUGAUAAUGAUGUGAGCAUCUGCAAUAAUCGAUUACGGCUAUGUCAUCUGCCAUUUUGCACUUGACGCCUUGUAAAUUCAGUUGGAUUUUCAUCGGCUGUCAGUGUUGUAUUGUUCAUGCGGCUGGAAAACGUCACUCUGAAAGCAAUCCCGUCGAUUUCGUUCGUUGCUGUCACUGCCGUUACAGUUGCGGUGUGGACCGUACCACCGUGCGAGUAUGCUGGUCCAGUGGGGUCAGCACAGUUUGCAUGAAUAUGUUGGUGACAUUCCUGGUGUAGUUCAUGGGUAAAUGUGAUCUAGAUGCUCUUGACUUGCGUUCGCAAGGUAUUGUGGGAUGUCAGGAAUGCUGCCUGGGGUGGGAUUUGUGUUCACAAAAAUUAAGAGGGCAGGUGUUUAAACAAAAACAUCCCCCCAUGUCAUGUCUGAGUGGUGCCAACUUUCACAAGGCCAGUUUUUGGGUAAAUCAAGAGUUCCCACAUUCAGGUAUACAUUUUUAAUCAAGUUUGGAAGGGUUUUUUAUUUUUAUAAAUGAGUUGAGCAAAGCCUUUAAGUCAUUUUUAGGACCUCAUUGUUAAAAGUUCUGAACCUCUAUGUCCUGUUUCUGCUAAAAGAAGCACUCGCAUCUUCAAGAGCUAAGAGUUCACAUCGUUUUACUGAAGUGGCUUAACCGUUUUGGAGAAGCGGCCAUUUUGAUUGCUUCUCAUUUGUUGUCUACUACUGGUGACGGUUUUUGGGAAACUGACUGAUUAUUUCUGUCAAAUCCGUUUCUCCUCUUAUGGAGUUUGUGUCCUGAGCACAAUCCUACUUCAUCUCUCUUGCAAUGUAAAUAUGUUUAUUUGGUUUUUAAUUUAUGUUUAUUGCAGAAAUCAAUCCAUUUGGGUUGGUGGUAUAUAUGAAUGCACUUCAUGCAAUAAUUGUCAAGUGCAUUGAAAUACUGUGACUUCUUACAAGUCUAAAUUUAAUUAAAAAAAUGUUCUAUGA